GAUAGGAUGGGGGCCAGGGAAGCGAGUGGGCACAGCUACCUGGUGGCUUGCUGGCAGCCCAUUCUGAUUCUGAUGCUGGGCACCGUACUGUCCGGUUCCACCACAGGCUGCCCGUCCCGCUGCGAGUGCAAUGCCCAGGAGCGCUCGGUCAUAUGCCACCGCAAGAAGCUUAUGUCCGUCCCUGAGGGCAUCCCCACAGAAACGCAGCUGCUGGACCUCAGCAAGAACCGCAUCAAGACCAUCAACAUGGACGAGUUCGCAGCCUACCCCAACCUGGAGGAGCUGGAGCUCAACGAAAACACCAUCUCGGCCAUCGAGCCCGGCGCCUUCAACAACCUGUACGGCCUCCGGACAUUGGGGCUGCGCAGCAACAAGCUCAAACUCAUCCAGCUGGGUGUGUUCACGGGCCUCAGCAACCUCACCCAGUUGGACAUCAGUGAGAACAAGAUAGUCAUCCUGCUGGACUAUAUGUUCCAAGACCUGUACAACCUGCGCUCCAUGGAGGUGGGCGACAAUGACUUGGUGUUUAUCUCCCACCGGGCCUUCCAUGGUCUCAGCAGCCUGGAGCAGCUGACUUUGGAGAAGUGCAACCUGACCUCGGUGCCCACCGAGGCCUUCACCCACCUCCACAGUUUGAUCUUUCUCAGGCUGCGCCACCUCAACAUCUACGUUAUUAAGGAUUACUCCUUCAAAAGACUGUACCGGCUGAAAGUGCUGGAGAUCGCCAACUGGCCCUACCUGGACACCAUGACCUCCAAUUGCCUCUAUGGACUGAACCUCACCUCGCUGACCAUCACCAAUGGCAACCUGACCUCCAUCCCAUACGUGGCUCUCCGGCACUUGGUCUACCUACGGUUUCUAAAUCUGUCCUAUAACCCCAUCCACACCAUUGAGGGGAAUAAGCUCCAUGACCUUCUGAGGCUCCAGGAGUUUCACCUGGUUGGGGGCAGGCUGGCUAUGAUCGAGCCUUACUCGUUCCGAGGCCUAAACUAUCUGAAGAUCUUCAAUGUGUCUGGCAAUGCCUUGAGCACCUUGGAGGAGUCUGCGUUCCACUCGGUAGGCAACCUGGAGACUCUGGCGCUUUACGAUAACCCCUUGGCAUGUGACUGCCGGCUGCUGUGGGUGUUCCGGAGACGCUGGAGGCUCAACUUCAACCGGCAGCAACCCACCUGCGCUUCACCUGAGUUCGUACAGGGAAAAGAGUUUAAAGAUUUCCCGGACGUCCUGCAGCCCAACUACUUCACGUGUCGCAAGUCCAGGAUCCGGGACCGCAAGGCGCAGCAGAAAUUUGUGGACGAGGGAACUACUGUUCAUUUUGUAUGCCAGGCGGACGGUGAUCCCGCCCCAGUCAUCAUGUGGCUCUCACCCCAGAAGCAGUUCAUCACGACCAAAACCAUCGGGCGGCUCACAGUAUUCCCCGAUGGCACCCUUGAGGUGCGCUACGCUCAGAUUCAGGAUAAUGGCACGUAUGUGUGUAUAGCCAGCAACGCCGGUGGCAACGACACAUCUCUCGCCCACCUGCAUGUCCAUAGCUACUCUCCAGACUGGCCUCACCAACCCAACAAGACCUUUGCAUUCAUCUCCAACCAGCCCAAUGAGAAUGGUGCCAAUGGGACCCGAACCAACGUCCCUUUCCCCUUCGACAUAAAGACCUUAAUCAUCGCCACCACCAUGGGUUUCAUAUCUUUCCUUGGUGUCGUCCUGUUUUGUCUGGUGCUACUCUUUCUGUGGAGUAGAGGUAAAGGGGCCACAAAGCACAACAUAGAGAUUGAGUAUGUGCCACGCAAGUCAGACGCUGGGAUGAGCAGCAACAACGCAGACGCCCCUCGCAAGUUUAACAUGAAAAUGAUUUAA